CGAUGUCAAUAGCGUACGUGCGUCCGAGUGACGAGCACCGAUGCCGGUAGCUCGUCAACGAGAUUCAAGUCGGUUGUGUGUGUCAAUUUCGCGCGUUUCUUCGUAUAAAUACCGGUCAGUUUUCUAUAUUUGGAUCGUGCUUCGAUUGAAAGCCGAUCAUACGAACCUGUUCGCCGCGAGUGACUUUGAUGUAUAAGGUUAUGUUCACGGUGGUUACGCGCGGAAGUUUCGCGGAAGCCGGUAUGGAGUCUCGUUGAGAGAGAGUGAUAUGUCCGUGAUGUCACGAGGCUCGCCCUGGUGCUGGGACGCACCAGGGACGAGAAAAUCUAUGCUUUUUCUAACCAUCGCCAUCCUUUUCGGCUUGUUGUCGCGAGGCGUCGUCGGCGAGAAAAAUAAAAAAUAUCACAUAAGCGACGUGUGCAAGAACAAUUACAUGCGAGAUCUGUACAGGAAGAUAGACGGGGCGGUUCUGCAGUCGCAGCUCGAGAAGGACCUCGACUGCACCAUCACCUUCCAAACACACAGCAUCCUUCAGCGGUUCAUGCUCCGUUUCGACCACCUUCAAUUGGACUGCAACGAUCACCUUUACAUCUACGAUGGCGCGCACGCGGUCAGCAGUUACAAGGCAGACCUGUCCUGCCAGAACACGAAGCAGACCGUGGGCGCGAUUUAUACGCGCACGAACUUCGUGACACUGAAAUACGUCACCGACUCGUGGGGCACCCUCUCGAACGGCUUCCGCCUCGUUAUCACCGCCGUCAAGGAUCCGAAGCACACUUGCAAGGACUUCCGAUGCACCCAGAACGAAUUUUGCAUCGAGAGGGAUCUCCUUUGUGACGGCGUGAAUCACUGCGGCGACGAGUCCGACGAGGCUACCUCCACCCUCUGUGCCAACUCCGAGACAUCGACGAUCCUGGGUAUGCAGACGAUCUGGUUCGUGAUCGCGCUGGUUUUUCUUAUCCUGAGCGUGGCAGGCCUGGUCACGGCGGCGGUCCUCUGCUUCUGCAGGCAGCGUGCAGCAACCCCCAGGCACCCCCACAACGCGCACAACGCCCAGACUCAUCCUCCGGUCAGCUUCCCAUGUGGAGAGGUUGCGAAUCUCCCGUUCACUUUGACCACGGAAUCGAGAAUAAGCGAUCGAGGCGAAGGUGGCGCGUGCAUCGAUCGCGGUAAUGAGACGAGCCGCGUCCGGCGUUGCCCCUCUUUAGGGAUUCGAGGCUCGUGCAGAAGGCGGUGGAACGUGGCACGGGUCGAGUUUCCCUGGUCGCGGACGACGCCAGUUUCGUGCCGGCAGGCGAGCGCAAUCAGCCCCAACGGCUGCUCUCUGGUCUCGGUGGAGGGUAGCGUGGCGGAUAUGGUGCAACCUCCCUCGCGCGGGAAGGCGGUGGGCCGCUUCCUUCUCGCUCUCGCGCUCCUUCUCGCCGUUUCUUCGUCCUCCGCCUCGAUCCCCCCCAGCGGCCAACCGCUGGCGAUCGGCAACACGUUGGAGCAGGGCAAGGAUUACUUCAUAGGCCCUUGCCUGGUGAACACGAACCAGACGUGUCCGGAUAAGGAAGUGACGUUCUUCUUGUUCACGAAGAGGAAUCCGAAGACGUGGCAGCAGAUAUUGGUGGACGGGAAUGGGUCGAACUUGGGACGGACGAACUUCAACGCCUCGAAUCCCACCAAGAUCGUGGUGCACGGCUACGACUCGGACAUGGAGCUGUCUUAUCUGGUCGACGUGAGGAACGAGUACUUGAAGAGAUACGAUUACAACGUGAUAGCCGUGGACUGGCAUCGGUUGGCAACGGCCCCUUGCUACCCGAUCGCCGUGCAAAACGUGCCCCACGUGGGCGACUGCUUGGCCCAGUUGGUGGAGAGGCUGAGGGACGAGGGGGCGGUGGACGUGCACGUGAUCGGGUUCAGCCUGGGGGCGCACGUGCCCGCGUUCGCCGCCAACGCCCUCAGCCCUUACAAGAUGUCGAGGAUUACGGGCCUGGACCCGGCCAUGCCGCUGUUCGUCACGGUCGACAAGCGCGACAAGCUGGACGCGUCCGACGCCCACUUCGUCGACGUGUUCCACACGAACGCGUUCAUCCAGGGCAAGGUGGAGAUGAGCGGCCACAUAGACUUCUACAUGAACGGGGGUAUCAACCAGCCGGGGUGCUGGGAGGGGUGGAGGCCGUUCGAGUGCGACCACCACAGAUCCGUCAUGUACUUCGCCGAGUCGAUAAACACGGAUGUCGGUUUCUGGGGCUGGCAAUGCGGGGGGUUCACUCUGUACCUGCUCGGCCUGUGCCCCCCGAGAUAUCCGGCCGUGCUUGCGGGCGACAAGGUGGACACGAGGAGAAGGGGCUUCCAUCUCGUGAGAACCAACGCGUACAGUCCUUACGCGAUGGGCAACUUCAGCGUGAACCGGUUCGACAUGUACACUCUGUAA